UCAUCCCAAGAAACGUAGUGACUGAUUCAUAAAAUGGAGAAGAAGAACGUUGUGGUUGUGGCGGUCUCCUCUGUCGUCGUCAUCUUCGGCAUCUUAUCUGCUGCUUUAGCUUUCGGUGCUGAGGUUACCAGGGUCAAGGCUUCUGAAGUUCUGGUGAUUAGUGCUGAAUACUGCAUAUAUCUCCGGGAUCGAAGUAGUCCGGCUUCGGAUCUUGCUUUAGAUGCAGUGGUGGCGCUUGUGAUAGCACAGAUAAUAUUGAAUGCUGCAAACGGGUGUUGUUGGUGUUGUUGUUGCAGAAAACCUCCUCAAGCCAAGCGGAGCUGUAUUUUGUCAUGGGUCACAUUCAUUGUUGCAAUCCUCCUUCUGGUGAUGGGUGCUAGCUAUAAUCUAAAUAAGAAGAGCGGAUACAGCGAUAAUUACUCAUGCCGUGUUGUUAAACCAGGAGUAUUUGCGGCGGGUGCAAUCUUAUCCGUCGCAAGCAUUGCAACUGGGAUCACCUAUUACCUUCUCUUAGCUGCAGAAAAGAGUGCCGGCAGCUCUUCCGAUAACUCGUCGUAUCCUAACCAGGUAGCCAUUGCCAUUUGCCACCGCACAAUCACAGUUCACGGUCCAGUAUAGUACUUGCUUUUAGUUGUCUGAAGAAGAGUUUUAAAAUUAAAAUGCUUUGUUAAGAAAUUAGCAAACGUUUGUGUUGGAGUAAUGUGACCACUGUUGUGUACAAUU